AGCGUUAUUUACUGUUUUGCUGGUGUUUUUUGGUAGUUUUCUGUUGCUGCCCAUCCCAUCCCUACUUUAACCCUACCCCCUCAAGGCCGGAAUCUUGCACCUUUCUGGCGGGUAUAAAAGGUGGGCACGAAGAUGCACCGUCGCCAUUCACCUCCGAUCGUCUCCGGAGCAAGUGUCUCUCGUUGCGGUCCUCUCUUCCUUGAAACCUCACCAUGAAGCUGCUGAUGCUGCUGGCGCUGGCGGGGCUGGCGAGCUGCAGCACAACCCUGGUCGGAGGCGACCGCGCCAGGGACGUCUCUCUUCGCUACAAGUACUAUGACGACGACGGCAGGGAGAUCAAGGUGGAGGUGGAGGCCGAGAGGCUGGGACUCGGCCUCGUCGGCGGGGCGCCCCGGAAGGCCGCGGUCGCCGCCCCUGCUCCUGCCCCUGCUGUCCGCCUUGCCCCCAUGACCGCCGUCCCUUAUUUCGGCCUCCGACCCCGGGCGCCGACAAACGUCCCCGUGGAGGUCACCCAGGUACAGACCCGCCUCGUCCCGGCCACUCGCAAGGUCCUCCCCAUCCUGCAGCCGCAGGUGCAAACGCGCUUGGUCGAGGUCGCUCCGGUUCCCCAAGUCACCCGCUACGUCCAGGUGGAGGCUCCCAGGGCCCGCUACGUCAGACUGGACGAUGACGAUGACGAUGACGACGACGAUGACGACCUUCCGGUCGUGUUCCGCGCAUCGCGCCCCGUCGCCGCCUCUGCCCCCGCCCCCAUGCAGCGCCUGACGCCCCUGGCCGCCAUCGACAGGGUCCCCGCGGCCCCCGCCCGCAGGGUCUCGGACAGCAGCGAUGAGGAGGAGUAGGCAGGUGCUCUGAAUUGCACUGGCUCCUCUCUUUAUCCUUACAAUGUCUUUCUAAAUAUAUACAUCGGUAUUAAUAAAUAUACCAACGAUA